CCCUUCCUUAGCCACAUAAAAUCAGCCGUCGUCGCCGGAGCUCCGAUCUUCUCCAUUCGACAAUAUGUCUCUUUCCGAUGAUGAAGAUGAGUGCUUCGCCCGCUUUCUGGAAUCAGAAGUCUCAUCGGUAGAGGAUGAAGAAAAAUCGAAAGAACCUGAACCAAAACGACAACGUGUUGACAAGGAGAAAACAAAGGUUGUAGACAAGGAUGAAAAUCAAAAGGAAGAUGGUAACAACAAAGAUAGAAACGGUGCAAAGAGAAUAGAGAGUGGAGUUUUCAGCAAAGUUCCUACGGAGCUGUUUCGUCAUAUCUUCAAGUUCUUAUCCUCUGAGGAUCUUCUGUCAUGCUCUAUAGUGUGUAAAUUUCUCAACUUUGCUGCCUCUGAUGAAUCAUUGUGGCGUCGCCUGUACUGUAUCCGGUGGGGCCUAAUGCCUUCAACAAGAAUGUUACGUGAAUGUGCUUGGAAGAAGCUUUAUAUCGAUCGUGACGAGAAGGACAUGAUUGAACUUGUCAGAAGCUGUCCAACGGAUUUUAAAGAGUAUUACAUUCAAAUGCAAGCAGCAAAGCGAAGCCAAGCACCUCUUGCCGCCCAGAUGGUGGAUGACCAGAUAGUUCUUGACAAAACUGUACUUGACAAAGUAUCUCUGUGGAAGAAAAGCAAAGGACUUCCCGAUAAGGCUGUAGUUGGCCAUGUCUGUUUGGGAACAAAAUGUGAUUACCAUCAGAUCGACGACGUUUUCAUAUGCCAAGAAACGGGAAAUGUUCAUGUAUGCGAUGACAACUGCAAGGAAGUAAUAUUUUGUCGGGAGAGUGGGAACAUGGUGUGUACUAUCUCAGGGCUUUGUUCUGAAAGUUUGCUCGUACAAGAUGAUUCAGACGCAGAUGAGGAAGAAGCUGAACAAGAAGCUGAAGUAUUAACAGGAAGAGGCCGUUUUGGUCGAGCUUUUGAAUUUGGAUACAACUGUGAGAGUGAGCAGGAGCUAGAUCGCUCCUUUGGGUUCUGCUGAUCAAAAGUCUCAGCCUUUUCGAGUCUGCAUGUGUUCUUUACGGUAACACAUCUGUGGAGUGUAAUGAAUCAAGAUUCAAAAGUAGAUCUUGUUUUCUUAGUAGUAUUUAUGUCUCUUUGUAAUUUAUGCAGGUCUUUGUCUGUAAUUUGCUAUACAAUUGCCCUUACAAAAAUGUUUACAUGUAGUAAUUAAGUUACAUCUUUUUCCAGUAUAAUAUUGGUCAUUAGUUGAUUGAUUCCA